AUGUCAGGUGUUAGACGUUCGUUUUCUAGAUUGCGUCAAAACGCUAGUCCUCUACUGGAUGGAAGUUGUCAUCGGCUAUCGCCUCGUUUCAAUGCCCCAGAAACUCCACGUCGCCGUUCCAUCUGUAGUCGUUUACCUGCAGUUUACAGCCUCACUUCCACCGGGAGUUAUAGACUAAAGACUUUUCUUUCGUCGGGUAGGGAAAGUCGUUUGUGGCCAAGCAUUAAGUUGUUUGUAACUCCUCGCAAAGAAAGUAGCCGUCCAGCAUCAUCACAACGUUUGAUACAACUUGAUAUUAGUAACGACAGCCUUUCAGUUCCACCUAUUUUCGACUGUAAUAUAGAUGCCUCUCCCAUUUUAAGGCCAAGUAAAAAAUAUUCACGGGAAGUUUUUACACCGAUAAAAGUAUCUAGAUUAAAAUGUGAAAAAUAUUACUCAUGUAACAGUUCCGGAACCAAAUAUACUCAGAAUUCAAACGUUUUAAUAAAGAAGGAAAAUGGGGGGAGCCCUUUCUCUGGACCCGAAAUCAACACACCUUUUAGGGAACUUCUGUUAAAACAAUAUGGCAAGAAAAUGACUGAAGCAUUACAAAAUCUACCAGAAAUUCGUAUUUUAGGACAAGGUUCUUUUGGUUGUGUAGUUUUUGGACUCUUUAAAGGAUCGAGAGUAGCAACUAAAAUUACCCAGCAGCCUUUACACCAUAACAUCGGAGAGAAAAAUGCUCUUUCUUUACAUCACCCGAAUGUUAUCCAAACCUUGCAAAUAUACGACACACCAUUUAAACGGCGAUUGGUGCUUAUGGAGUAUGGUGGGCAUCAGAACCUCCAAAGUGUUCUGGACUCGGCAGUUGGUUAUUUAGAAAGGAACCAACGAAACGGGAUCGCAGUUCAAGUUUCUUCAGCUGUGGCUUACUGCCAUGAGAAUGGAAUUGUCCAUCGUGACGUUAAACCAGCGAACAUCACCGUGUCUUCGUCGUGGGUAUGCAAGUUGACCGAUUUUGGGUCGGCAGUGCCCAUCCGGAUACUGUACAGUGCUGACGUAACCGGUAUUGUGAAAACAGUUUCCCGGAUGUUUGGCACUGUCAGGUAUACAGCUCCCGAGGCAUUCUGUGGUCAGUUUCCUGCUCCACAUCACGAUGUUUACUCUGUUGGUAUUGUCUUGUGGCAACUAUUGACCAAUCAAAUACCUUAUGCCACUGAAGCAUCACAUACUGUGAUCUAUACA